AUGUCUGCCGCACGCUUCGCUCCUCUCCUGAGAACUAGAGUGGCAAUUCAAACUGCUCCUGGUUUCCAGGCAAUCCGAUCUAUCUCUGCUACCGCACCAUGCAACAAGGGACCUGUCGACGCGACUAAGGAGACACUCAAAAAAGCCGAUCGAACCGUUUCUGAUGCCGCCGUCAAGGGCAUUGACAAGGGUGAACAAGCUGCAAAUGUGAUCAAGGAAGCUGUUGGCACUGGGGCUCAGCAAGCGAAGGCAAAGUCCGGGGAAUUGAAGGGCGAGGCCGCUGAGUAUGCAGGCAAGGGCAAGGGCAAGGCUGAAGAGGCAUUGGGCGAGGCCAAGGGAAAGACAAAGGAAGCAGCGGGCGAAAUUGAGGGCAAGGCCAAGGAGGCUAAACACAGCCUUUGA